AUGGCUUUUGCUCUCCCCAUCCACAACCUUCCUAUGGACAAGCCGGCCGCCUCUGAGGUCUUUGAGUACGAAAACGAGACCUUUUACAAUUGGCUGCUCACGGAGACGGAGCGUGCCCACAUUGCCAGCAUGCUCAACAAGAAGAAGAAGAAGAAGAAGAAGAAGAAGAAGAAGAAGAAGAAGAAGAAGAAGAAUGCAUGCAAAUCAUCGUCGGCUAACAUGACGUUUCCUUCCACAGCGAGCGAGUUGAAGUUCAGGGGUAACAACUUUCUCCAGGACCGCUCCGAGUGCGGCAAGUGCGGCAAGUACUCGGGCAUGGACGAUUUCGUCCACAACGCCCUCUAUGCGGGCAUCCACUCGGUCGAGUUCAUGAAGGACUUUCUUCUAGGAAAGACUGAGCAGGCCACCCCGUACACUGAGCACGAAGUCGUUUGCUCCCGCUGCGACACCAAGCACGAUGAAAGCAAGAGCUGGAGGGCCUUGCCUCCCUGGCGCAACUGA